CUAGGAAGUUCUGCGGUUCCCCCUUCCCCAUUGGCCUGUAUGUUGGUGCCACCCUCUUCCCCUCAUUUCAUUUGUACACCCCCAAUCACUCCACUCCUGCUCCUCCCCUGGUCCCCUAUCCCAUUGGUUCUUUGUACCCUAGCCCCUCCUAUUUGCUACUAUGUUAUAAACCCUGUUCCUGCCUAGCUCUGGGCUUCUUGCCACCUGCUCUCCUUCAGCCUGGUUGCAUCCCUGCUUCUCUCCUACCCACCUUGCCUAAGAUCCUCUACUGCUCCUUGAAUAAACCCGGUUGGACCCUUCGCAGAGUGUGCAGAGUCCUCCUUCUUCAUCUGGUUGGACCUUUUUGAGCUACCUGGGAUUGUGUGCGCGUGAGGUGAAUCGAGGAGACAGCUCCCCUGGGAGUUGGACCACCUGCCCAGGAUUCCCUCCAGCGGGAGAAACCUGAGAGGGUCAUCUCAUCCCCUCUACAGCAGCCUCAGAUCCCGCAGCUGGCGCCCAACGUUGGGCCUGGGCAGUCAUUGGCUCGUCCAGAUCCUUGAGAGCGACUCCUCAGCGUGGGCACUCCGUGAGCAGCCGCGACGGGAAACAAGCGCCGUUUGGUUCCAGCUCCAGGGAGAGCAAACUCCUCGAUUGUGCAGAGGACUGCUCUGCCUGGCCUGCUGACAACCCUCUGUGCUUCGCUGCAACUUCAGUAGCUCCGAGGGAGCAUCAGCGACCCCGAGGGACCGGCAGGAGCCAGCCAGCCCCCGCAAGGACCUUUCCUUUUGCCCGGUGUUUCCGACUUGUUGGAACAUGUUUUAUAAAACCAGAAUUCCCUCCAUGAUGAUCCCGAGACCCCCCCUUGACAACACUGGUGCCACCAAGAAUGCUGCCACAGGUGCUGCCACCAUCUAUCUCCUUCUGACUAUCCAAGUGGCCAGCGGUUGGAUCAUACCGCAGCUGAAACAGAACGUAUGGGUCACCUUAGCGAAGUCCCUCCAACAGGAAAAUCUCUGCAUGACCAUGGGAAGUGUGGAUGACCCACUCUCCACGUGUCUGGUGGGAAUCCCCCUGUCACAAAAUGAAUAUCCUUACGUAGGUAAGAAACCCAACCCGGCAGACUCCUGGGAUGAAUGGACGAGGAUUUUCCCACAAGCACCACAGGAGCCCCAGGAAUUAGAUCUACUGGGCUCCACCAAAGCUAGUUUCUGCGUCACCUUUGAACACAGGGCGAGACCGAAUUGGCAACCCACUGCUAAACCACAAAGUACAGAUGUCUCGCCCCAUGAUAAACGAUACAAUGUGGCAGAAUGGUGCAAUUACACCAGCACCACACCAUCCAAGUCCAUGUCCUAUCCCAGGGUGCUCCCAUGGGGAGUGUUCCUCAUCUGCGGCGACAGGGUUUGGGCAGGAAUCCCCUCUAAUAUCAAAGGGGGUCCCUGCAGCCUUGGCCAGCUAACUACCCUCACCCCAAAUUCCACCUUAAUAAAUAAUUGGAAGAAAAAUAAAUUGGCCCGCCAAAAAAGAUCCUUGGAAGAAUUCGACCCCAACUGCGACAGUCAAAUUUAUAAUUGGGGUACCACUAAGAGGGUGGCAGUGUCCAUUUUUCUUCCUUGGGUUGCCGCUGCCAAGGCCCUCGGUGAGCUUUCUCACCUGGGGUGCUGGUUGAGUAAGCAGGCCAAUGCCACGUCCGCCGCCCUAUCCGACCUUUUAGCGGACGAGGAAACCACCAGACACGCCACACUCCAGAACAGAGCUGCCAUCGACUUCCUUCUGCUCGCCCAUGGUCAUGGCUGCGAAGAUUUUGAGGGACUUUGCUGCUUCAAUCUAUCCUCGCACAGCACCUCGAUUCAAUCCAACAUUAAAGGACUGCAAAACCAAGUCAGAGACAUCCAAACCGAGAAGAAGGCAGCCAACUGGCUUGAUAGACUGUUUGGACAAUGGGGUGUCCCUGAAUGGCUGAUUUCCAUCCUGAAAAGUUUUCUAUGGAUCAUCAUCAUCUUAGUGAUUGUACUUACGGCAAUUAGUUGCUUCAAGAAGGCUCUGCAGAAAAGUCUGGGGGAAGCUUUUUUAGUAAACAGAAAAGGGGGAGAUGUGGGAGGAGACCCUAGGGAUAGUGGGGUGGAGAUGCCUUGGGAGGGCACUCCCCUGUAGAUGUCCAUCAACUAUGGCUCCCUCCCAAAGAGCUAGAAAGUUCUGCGGUUCCCCCUUCCCCAUUGGCCUGUAUGUUGGUGCCACCCUCUUCCCCUCAUUUCAUUUGUACACCCCCAAUCACCCCACUCCUGCUCUUCCCCUGGUCCCCAAUCCCAUUGGUUCUUUGUACCCUAGCCCCGCCUAUUUGCUACUAUGUUAUAAACCCUGUUCCUGCCCAGCUCUGGGCUUCUUGCCACCUGCUCUCCUUCAGCCUGGUUGUAUCCCUGCUUCUCUCCUACCCACCUUGCCUAAGAUCCUCUACUGCUCCUUGAAUAAACCCGGUUGGACCCUU